UGAAAGUCUUGCACUGAGACACAGAGGAGUUUCCCCUCCUGAGAGCAACAUGCAGAUUAACCCCCGCGGCCACCAACACAGGACACCUCCACUGUUGCAGUGAUGCAUUCUCACCACACCACCUCUGGGACGUUCAGCUGUGAGUGAACAAGGAUUAACGACCAUGAGUGCCGACACUGUUUUCAGGUCGGACACAGACUCUGAGCACACUGGCGAGCUGGCCGACUUGGUGGCAGCCAUUAACGUGGCCGCCAACCGCAUAACCCCGCCUAACGGCUACAGGUCCAGUAAUCCGAGGGCCAUGAAACUCUCAGACAGGAAGCUGUCACUGCAGGAGAGGGGGAGCCGCAUGGCCCGACAGCCCACCAUCGAGACCAAACGUGUGUCCAUCACGGAUGCUGAUGAUUGUGUCCAGCUCAACCAGUAUAAGUUGAAGAAAGAGAUUGGAAAGGGUUCAUACGGAGUGGUAAAAUUAGCUUAUAAUGAAGAUUCUGAGCAGUACUACGCAAUGAAAGUUGUGUCAAAGAAGAGACUGAUGAGGCAGUGUGGAUUUUUGCGCCGCGUGUCUCCUCAAGGAUCAAACUCUGUGUUUCCUCUGGAAAAAGUGUACAAGGAGAUCGCCAUCCUGAAGAAACUGCACCAUCAUAAUGUUGUAAAACUAGUGGAGGUGCUUGAUGAUCCUGAUGAAGAUGGACUUCACAUGGCUUUCGAAUUGAUGACAAAAGGCCCGGUGAUGGAGGUGCCUACAGACGACCCUUUCACAGAGGAGCAGGCUCGCUUUUACUUCAUAGACGUCGUCUUGGGAAUAGAGUACUUGCACUACCACAAGAUCAUCCACAGGGACAUCAAACCCUCCAACCUGCUGCUGGGGGACGACGGUCACGUCAAGAUCGCAGACUUUGGUGUGAGCAACGAGUUUGAGGGGUCGGACGCCCUCCUGUCGACCACAGCGGGGACGCCGGCCUUCAUGGCCCCUGAGAUGAUGACAGAACACGAGCAGAGCUUCAGCGGGAAGGCAUUAGACGUGUGGGCGAUGGGAGUCACACUCUACUGUUUUGUCUUUGGGAAGUGUCCUUUUUAUGACGAAUAUAUCGUCUCUCUGCACAACAAGAUCAAGAACAAACCUGUGGAGUUUCCAGAGAUACCAUCCAUAAGUAAUGAACUGAAGGACCUAAUUGAAAGAAUGCUGGAUAAAAACCCCGAAACAAGAAUCACCAUCCCUGAAAUUAAGCUUCAUGCGUGGGUGACAGAGAACGGCUCCAAUCCUCUUCCUCUGGAGGAGGAGCACUGCACAGCGGUGGAGGUCACUGAGGAGGAGGUGCAGAACAGCAUUAAACUCAUACCCAGCCUUUCGACUGUGAUUCUGGUGAAGUCUAUGCUGAGGAAGCGGUCUUUUGGUAAUCCCUUUGAGUGUCAGGGCAGACGUGCAGAGAGGUCCAUGUCUGCCCCCGGAGGUCUUCUUACUGGCUCUUGGGGCUUAUUGGGGUCAUCGCCUCAGCUUCAUCCUUCCUUGAGGAAAAUCAGCAACGAGGGGAGCAGAGAGGGAGAGCUGGAGAACUUGUACGAAGAUGAUACAUUUAUAGAAAGUACAGAUUAAAUGAACAUGCACAGAUUACAUAAGAGGACACUCGUGCAAAGCUACUUUGUUUUUGUACCUUUUGUUCUGUCCUAACUCUCUCCCAAUUUCUAUCGCUUCAUGCUUGCUGAGCUUAUAUGCUUCAAACUUGUUUCUCACUUUAGUCCAUAAACCUGCUAAUUCUGAUGAUAACUCUGUGAUAUACUGAAUACUAUAAAGAUGGAUAGUGCAUAUACAAUACAAUCACAAGUCAAGAUAUGUUUCAUUCUGUCCACCCCGCUUGUUUACAGAUGGCACAGUUGUUGUUCAUGAUAUUAUGUAUUUACUUUGGAUUGUUAAAAAUGUGAAUAUGCUCCGUAAUGAAGAUAUUUUUACAUUUUCCUACAGCUGAAGAUGAUUUUAUUACUGAAGAUAAUAAAAGUUCUCAUUUCAAACAAUGA